AUGACAGGGGAUGCGGCUCUACGAGUUGUAGAGCAACCCGCACAUGUAAAUAUCACCGCAGAUCUCCUUGUGGUUGACUCAGACGACGACGGAAUAGUCGCCCAGGAACAAAAGCAUAUGAGGAGCAUAUUAGAAGAGGCGAUUAGGGAAACACCCAGUACGCCACUCGAGGAUCGACCACGACUUCCCCGCAUACGGCAGGUGGAAUCGGGCUGUCGUGAGGGCUCUAAAUCCAAUGUUGGUGACUUAUAUGAAAGCCAGCCGGGACUUUUGCGAGACGAAAUCAAUUCUUUUUGGCGCCCCACUGGCAGUUUUCCGCAUUAUGUGCGCCAAGCUCUCCACGGCUGGACGUGCUACUGCACAAAGUUGCGCCAUCCCAGCCUGGAGAAAAAGAAUUAA